AUGCGACGCAAGGCCAAGAUGCAUCACGGAGGUCCAUUAACGCAAGGCCAAGAUGCCUCAUCGAGGUCCAAAGCAGAUUUCGGCGAAGGCGAUCUCGGCGUGACUUACUACAGCUGCCGAGGUAUAUGUAAUAUGAUUGAGCGGCACGGAAACAGCAACGUCGAUCGGCCCGGCACGCGUCCCGCAAUUAUAAUCAACCUCCAAUAUGAAUAUUUGCUUCGGUAG